AAUAUUUAAAUUUUGUAGAUAGGUCUUUCUCGUUCAAUGGAUAUUAUAUGAUUAAAAUUAGGAAUUCUUCAGUCAACAAAUUUAUUGAAAUAGUAAAUUCUGGUGAAAGUGCAUGGGAAUAUUGGGGUGAUUUUCUCACAUGCUUGGGUUCCAAAUAUUUCUGAUAAAUAUCUUCAAAUUGGUUGUAAUGUACAUGUAUAAACUAUGAAAACUCAAUGAUCGAAAAUGCAAUAAAAGCUUUUGCGCAUUUCACAUUACUUCAUGUUCUUAAACUUGUAAUUUGAAUAUAAAAGGUUAUUUUCAAUUAGGUAAUAUGGAUCAAAUGCUACCAAGUCCAGGUUUCAGCAUACCUAGCAUAGGUACUCCGCUUCAUCAACCAGAAGAAGAUCAGAUGAUUUUGCCAAAUGCUCUUCAGCAACAGCAACAACAGCCCACUUCAUCUCAGAUCCCACCAUUAGCUCCUAUGGGUGGUUUAACUCCUACAUUAGGGCUUGGCAUGGGUCAUGCUAUGACCAUGCCACAAACUAAAUAUGUUACUGGUUUUACCCUGCCUAUGAGUGCUAUGACUGCACAGACACCACAACAUACAAUGAUGAGUCCCAUGGCCAAUUUGGGGUCAGUUAAUGCUGGAACAACACCUGCUAUGGGACCAUCUACUCCUUCACCAAUGACUCCUAUGACACCUCAUUCUGCUGAUCCAGGAAUAAUUCCACAACUACAAAACAUUGUGUCGACAGUGAACCUGAAUUGCAAACUGGACCUGAAAAAGAUCGCCCUGCAUGCCAGAAACGCCGAAUACAACCCCAAACGUUUUGCGGCCGUCAUAAUGCGGAUCCGAGAGCCCCGCACCACAGCCCUGAUAUUCUCUUCCGGUAAAAUGGUUUGCACCGGAGCGAAAAGUGAGGAAGAUUCCCGAUUGGCGGCCAGGAAGUAUGCCAGGAUCAUCCAGAAACUGGGAUUCCCCGCCAAGUUUCUGGAUUUCAAAAUCCAAAACAUGGUCGGGAGUUGUGACGUCAAGUUCCCCAUUAGGUUAGAAGGACUAGUACUUACCCACAGCUCUUUCAGCAGUUAUGAACCUGAACUGUUUCCGGGGUUGAUUUAUCGUAUGGUGAAGCCGAGAAUUGUGCUGUUGAUUUUCGUGUCUGGUAAGGUAGUGUUGACAGGUGCCAAAGUUAGACAAGAGAUUUAUGAAGCGUUCGAUAAUAUUUAUCCGAUUUUGAAGAGUUUUAAGAAGCAGUGAGGUGGUUGUGACGCUUUGAAAUCAAUUGUAUUAGGUUAUCAACAUAAACUUUGUUUAGUAUCUAAUUAUUUUUUGUGUGAGGGGAGGGAUUCAGUUCAAAUAAAAAAAUUCAAUUGC